GAAGUAAAGAAGUGCUUUUUGAAAUGUAAAGAAACUGCUCCAAUCGAUACUAUUUGAUCAGAUUACGCUUGGGGAGAGGGGGAGCGGUUGGAGGCGAGUAUGCGCCCCACUCUUUUUGGGGGCGCUAAUGCGCCGGAAGUGAAUGGGGCGCGCUGUUUGGGAAGCCGUCCGCAGUCGACGUCGCAGUGGCCACGAUCGAUGUUGCCGGGGCUUCUCCACUGCUCGCCGAUCGUGGGGACGGGAUGCCCCGGCACUGCGCUCCGAAAGCCGAACGCGGAGAUGUGCAUGGUAAUGCCAAAAGUUACUCCCUUCAUAGAAUGAAAAGUUUAUAUCAGUAGGAGGUUGUAAUCUCUGUGUCUCUGAUCAUGGGAAAACAGAACAGCAAACUCAAACCUGAGGUUCUGGAGGACCUCCGCCAAAAUACCGAAUUCACAGAUGCCGAAAUACAAGAAUGGUACAAGGGAUUCUUGAAAGACUGCCCAAGUGGACACCUGUCCAUUGAAGAAUUCAAGAAAAUUUAUGGGAACUUUUUUCCGUAUGGUGACGCUUCAAAAUUUGCGGAACAUGUGUUCCGCACCUUCGAUGCCAAUGGUGAUGGGACGAUUGAUUUCAGGGAGUUUCUAUGUGCCCUGAGCGUUACAUCUCGGGGCAAGCUCGAACAAAAAUUGAAAUGGGCCUUUAGUAUGUAUGACCUUGAUGGUAAUGGAUAUAUAUCUCGGCAAGAAAUGCUGGAAAUAGUUACAGCCAUUUACAAGAUGGUUGGUUCAGUCAUGAAAAUGCCUGAAGAUGAAUCAACGCCUGAAAAGAGGACGGAUAAAAUAUUUAGACAAAUGGACAAAAAUAUGGAUGGGAAACUGUCCCUUGAUGAGUUCAUCGAAGGUGCCAAGAGUGAUCCAUCUAUUGUGAGGUUAUUGCAGUGUGAUCCUCAGUCUUCACAUUGACGAAGUUUAAUACAAAUUUCUACAUCCCAUAAUUCCAUGCAGCCAAGGCCCAGCUCACAAUGUGGAAAGUGCCCGUCAUAUUAGAAAACUGUCAACUGUAGAGUGCCAAUUAUUUAAAUUGAUCAAUUACAAAUUAUAAGUGUUUUUUUUUUUUUUUUGGAACAAGUGGUUUUUUUUGUUUUUCAUAAAACUGGUAAUGAUGAAUUUUACAAAUUCUUCAUUUCACUUACUGAAAAUAUACACAAUGGUGAAGUCAGUUUGAUUUUAGUUUUGUGAAGGAAAGUAAUUGAAGUAGUUCUAUUGAAAUUAUUUGCCGUUUAAAUGAAGUACAAAUAUUAAGAACUGUUUAGUGAAAAGAUGGAUGAUGGUUUGCAGUGCAAAUUCAUAAAUUCAUUGAUCCGAGCCUCGUGAUAUUUUCAAUUAUAUAAUUGGCCUUCUACUUGAAAUGCGUUAGCUGUCAAGUGCAGUGUGAAAAUUGCCUUCAUUAAUUCUUUUCAAUAAUGAGAAAAGAAGUAUAUGAACUCUUUUGAAUUAUGGGAUGAAAAUUCCUUGCUAUCUUGAUAAAACUUUUUAAAGGUUUUUUAGUUAUAUAUAAUGGCUUUAGUGAAAUGAUAUCCUGUAUGUCAAUGCAGGUUAUUGAGUGGGAUAAAUCUAGGGACAAUGUUAAAAAAAACGAAAAAAAAAACAUGGGCACCAAUGUUCUUGGGUUGCGCUUACACUUGCUUUUGAAUUUUUAAAACAAUAUCAGUAUUGAAUAUUAUCAGUCUGAAGUUUUAGCAAAUUACAGUACCUUGCAUUGUUGUCCGAUUUAUUUUUAAUUCAACUAUUGUGUUUCAUAUAUAUAUAUGUGUAUAUAUUUAAGUAUAACAUAUAUAUAAGCAUAAUGAAAUGUGAAUAACUUGCAGCAAUUGUAUUGAGUCAUUUUAAGAUUUUGUUAUGAGUAUUACAUACUGCACAUACAUUUUUCUGCACAUAAUACAUAUGUGUGUGUGAAUUUUCCAGUAUUUUCGAAACAGUCAUCAUGUUGUGAUUAAAGUGAAAAACCAACUGAAAUAAAGAGCAAAUUUUAAAGAAAAUGCAGCAAUUUUUGUUCAAAAAAAAAAAGUGCUUUAUUUACGUUGGUUUUUCACUUUAAUCAUAUUGUAGCACAAAGCUGAUAAUUUUUCAUUUAGUCAUCAUACUGAUCUAGCUUUAUUUGAAUGGAUAUUUCUUUAUUUCAGUUCUUGUACUGUAUUAAGAACUCCUGCAUUGUUCUUCCAAAUAUUUUAGUGUUUUUUUUUUUUUUUUCACUUAUAAUGCACCUUCAUUCAAGAUAACUUUUCAUUUAUGUUGGUAAUGAUUUUUGUGUUAAAGUUAUUGUAUUUUCGGAAAUGUUCCUUUAGUAUUUGAACUUUUUAAUCUUUUCUUACAUUCCACUUUUUUCUGUUCUUUUAAUUAAAAUCACGUGCUUGACUGUACCCUAUGAUAAUUGUUAAAACACUUGUGAUAAAAAAAUACAAAAAAAUAUUUUUAUAAUUAAUAUAAAGUUAUGAAUUACGAUAAUUGCCUAAAAAUUAGUACUUUAAAUGUUAGUGGUGGCACAAAUGUAAUAAACGUAACAACAGUAGUAAAUUUAUGAACCAUAUGCGUAUUUAAAAAAAAAAAAAUCUUUUUUUGCUGAGAAAAUGUAUUUUAAUUGAUAGAGAUGGUUUGAAAACUUGGUGCUCAUGUUAAAAAUUUAUUUUGAUUUUGCUUUUAAAACAUUUGUUAAAGCAUUUAAUAAUUAACAUCAACUACGAUAUUAGAAUAACUAGCGAAACUGCAUUGAACAGAAUUUGAGGCAGCAGGAAGAUUUUCAUGUAUAGCUACUUUUAAGCAUUUUAACAGCUACAAGCCAAGUGUUUUUUUUUUUUUUUCAAAAGACAAUUUUAAAACUAAAUGCUUUUUUUUCCCAUUUAAUGUUCACUUUUUACACUUAUACUGGACAUUUGAAUAGAUGAGUCAUGCUCAAAAAAGCUAAUAAGAGCUUAAAAUAAAGCUGAUAUAUUAAGCAUAAUUACUUUAUGAUCUUUUAAUUGGUGAUUUUUCUUGUGGAAAAUGAAUUACACUUGGAUUAGAAAUUCGAUUUAAAUCUAGUAUUAAGUACUUGGUAUGUGCAAUUGAGUACUGGUUGCCUGAAACAAUCAGGGACUUGAAUUGGUAAUUUUUCAGUUAAGCUGCCACUUCAGGAGAGAAAUGCAUCAAUGCCGUAUGAAACAAAGAAACACUAGUAUAAAUCACAGAUCAACGCCCCCGCAGUACUAAAUGCCUAUCUCAUUUUCCUCAAAAAGUGAACUUCCGUCAACGCCCGUGUUGACUUCCGGUGUUACCUAGCGGCAAUUCAAUAAAGAUGUUGCGAUGGUGAGGGAUCCAAACAAUUCAAAUCAAGUUGUUAGCUAGUUAAUUUCAAAAUUUAAAUUUAGAAAUUGACCAAUUGUUUUCUUUUAUUAACCUUUGAUACAUGGGUUAGUUGGGCCUUCCUGCCAACAUUGACUGGUCUUUGUUUUAAGGGAACAAUGAGCAGUAUUUUGAUAUUACAGGGACGUUGGCACAAAUAUGAAAAGCAUUUUGUGCCAUGCGGUGGCACAGCAAGGGGUUGGGGGGGGGGGGGGGGUCAAAAACAUACCCCAAAAUCUUUGGUUUUAAUUUUAUUACCAAUCCUAAUACAGUAGCUUAUACAGCUGUAUGGACUGUUUUGAUCAAAAAAAAAAAAAACCUUUCCAGGAAGUCAUUCUGGCUGCGCUAGUGGUGGCACGUUUUGAAAAAAAUAAAACUGACUGUGAGCAGAACUUCUAUACAUGGGGUUAAUUUCAAAUUCAUUAACUGGAACACUUUUGUUUAAUGGACAUUUCAAUUGAUCAAUAUGCAGAGAAUCGGUGCUCUACUUUAUACCAAUGUCUCACUAUAGGAAUAAAGCAAACAUUAUUUCUCAAACUCUAAUGGGAUUAAAUUUGUUAAACGAUACAAUUUACUGUUUCCUGCUUUCUCAUCUACUUCAAAUAUCCUGAAAAAUUUGUUUUGUCAUUUAAUUUUGUAAAUGUUCUGAUGCUUACUUAGAUACAUCACUUUCACUUAAGUGUUCAACCACUUUAAUUUUUGUUCAUCAACACUUUGCAUUCAGUCCAGUUAUGAGAAGGCACUAGUAAUCAAGCUUCAUUAUGUUCUGUGAUUGCCUCAUCAAGAUUUUCAAAGGGUUUUGCUACAUAGAUGAUGCAAUUUUGUCGAUCGUAAAUCAUUUCCAUCUAUAAUUAGUUGAGUUAUUCUAUCAUUUUGAACUAAGUAUACACAAUAGGGUGGUUCAAAAAUAUGUGUAAAAAAAAGUUUCUCCUAGAUAACAGGACACCCCUCAAUGUUUUUAGACUUGUGGAUAGUAAUAUACUGGAAAAAUUUUAGCCUCCUAUUUCAAAUGAAAGGGGGUGCUCAACACCCUCCCUCAAACUUCAUAAGUAUGGGGAGGGGGUUAAAAAAAUACAUUGAACUGAAAAAAAAGCUACAUAUUACAAUAUGCUCUAGUAAUAUGCACAUACAUUGCAAUAAAGUAAUUAUUUACGAAAAGCAGCUGGAGAAAUUAAAUACUUCUAAAUGUGUGGCAUUUUCUAUGCUACGACUAAAAGGGGUCAUUGAGCACCCUCUUAAAAUUUGAGUAAGAAGCUAAAACUUUUACAGCAUAAUACUAUUAGUAAGUCUAAAAACAAUAGGGGGUGUCCUGGCUCUAGCUGAAAAAAAGUUUUUUUGAACCAUCCUAAUACACAAAGUAAAGCUUCUAUUCCAUAGUAUAAUUUUGAUUAUGGAGUUUAAACUGUUGAAAUAUGUGUAUCAAUAUUAUAUUCUGUAUACACUUGAUAUUCUGUUUUGUAAUUCCACAGCAUUUAAGUUUAACUUGUGUGAUUUUGUUUUUCAAAGAUAUGACAUAAAAGUUUUUAUCUGACCUUAAUGACCUUCCUAUGUACUUUGUUAUAUUAGAGGUUAUUCUCAGCAUCAAACAAAGACAAUGAUGCAAAUUAUGCUUACUUUGGUUGCACUGAAAGAAAAUAAAAUGAUAUUAUUCUUUUAACAUUUUUUAAAAAUUAUCAUUCAUCAUAUGAAGUAACUCUCCCUCCCCCCCCUUUCAUAAUAAAUUUACAGAGAAAGUAUAGUGUAUGUAUUGACAUCAACUAACAUGAUUGUCUGUUACAUCAAUUGUUUAAACUUUUUCUUGAGGUAAAAAGUAAAUAAAAUUAUCGGAAGGUUGAAAAAAAAUCUAAAAUAGGACUUUCAAAGUUCAAAGCAUAUUGUUAAAAAUUCCAAAUAGAUUUACAUACAAAAUUGAGCAUUCAUUUUCCAUUUUUAAUCUGCAGAAUUUAAAAAAUUUUUUCCACUGUACUUCUAAUAUACUGCAAAUUUGAAAAUUCAGCAGCCAUUUUAUGUUUUGUGUAUUUAUCAUUGUCUAAUUUUAUUUUAAACACAUUAAGAUUUCUUCAACUAUUUGUCAUACAUGUGGAAAUCCCUCCCUUCCCCCUUUUCCAACUUCUGAAAAUAUUGUGCAUUAUUAGAUAUAUAACUAUGCAAAUGUUCAUUUUGAAUUUUCUAGUAGUUUCUUGAAUUUGAUUGCUAGCUUUUUUAUCAGAUGAACUAUAUGUGAUAAAUUGAACAAUGGAAAGUUGUUCAAGCAAUUGCAUAAUGAACCAAUGUCCGUUUUAAAAAUAAAAUUAGUAAUAAAAAACGCUAGUCACUUUUCCUGUACUUUGCAGCUCCUACCAGUGCCUUCUUUUUGUUUAUGUUUUACAGCUGUCUCAGUGUUACUUAGUUCUCUGUAUUGUGUUGAAAUUAAUCAUUAAAUGUUAAAUUUUAUAAAGACAUUCAAUAGAACCUCAAUAUUUCAGAGUAGAUCUUAAACUUUGAAAACUUUCAUUUUGUGUAUGCUUUUAAAAUUUACCUUCUUUUAAAAUUCUUCAGUAUUAAGUUUUACUGUGAGAAAAGUACAAAUUAUACGCUAACAAAACCAUGCAAUUGCUUGAGAUCUAUGGAAAAACUUUUUAGCUACAUUAUGAGUUUCAUUAAAGUGGUACUGAAUCUCAUACUGACAGCAAGUUAAUUUUAGCUCUUGCUAGAAACAUACUUUUUUUCUGAAGUUAGUCAUUGCCGCAUUUGAUUUGCUUACAGGUCUUGAGAAUUUAUGACUUUUCUGUGUUAAACCGAUGCAACUAGUAGCCUAAAAUGAUCUGCUCUUGAAAUUCUCGAAAAAUGCGAAAUUUAAUAUGUCGCUCAUUUUGACCGCAAGAGGCGCUGAACCCAAUUCUGUGUAUCCACCAAUCAAUACCAACGUUUUAAAUUUUAUUUGUUAUUGGACAGGGAUUGCCUGUAGCACCCUCUUUGUUGCCAUGAAUUUCAGCGGUUGUUACGCCCUAUAAGAAUCAAGUGCGGCCAUGGCUUAACUACUUUCAAUAAUUUCUGUUCAUGUGCACUUAAUUGUGAUUUUUUAAUUAUGACUUUAACAAUCUUCUCUUGUUUUAUUGAGGUUCUACAGUGGCAAGGUAUGUAUUGACAUACUAAGCAUUAAAGGGCUGGUUCAGAGAUAUUUUACUGCAGGUAUGUCAAUCUUUGCAGAGAAGAGGAUAUGAUUUAAAAAUCAAUAUUAUGUUGUAAAUUUAUGCAGGUAACAGUGACUGAAGAUCACCCAAGUUUUUAGUAAUUCAAGGCCAGCUUUGGCUUUUAAUUUGAGUUUAAAUAUAAAUUUCCAAAGUAUGUUAUCUUUUAGUUUUGACUUUUAUGGAGCUGCUGUUAAAUGACUUAGUGGAUAGAAAUUAUAAUUUCUAUACAUUCUUGUGUCUUUAUUGUAAAUACAGUAAAACCCCUCCUAACAGACACCCCUCAAAGGCGGACUCCCCUCUUAAGCGGACAAUUUUUAAUUCCCAAGUUCCAAUGCAAAUAACAUUAUUAAACCCCUGUCCGGCAGGCACCUCUCUAUUGCGGACAAAAAAAAUUUGUUCCGUUAGUGUCCACAUUAGAAGGAUUUUACUGUAUAAUAAAUGAUCUAAAUUAAAAAUUAAAAAAAAAAGACACCCCAUUGUCCCUCACCCCUCCUGUGUAAAACAUUUUUAUUUUAUAAUAAUGUAUAAAAUGCAUCGAGAAACUGAUCAAAAGUUUAUUUUCCAUUUGGCAAUCCUUCUUCAGCUUUAAAUUUCCCGAGAAAUUUUACAGCAGACUAUCUCUCCUUUUUGACUUUCUUUGAACGAAUUGUCAUGGGAAAAAAAUGUCAAAAUAAUAAUAAUAAUUCAUAUGGUUGUAAUUUUCGAAAGUAACAAAAAAAUUGUCUUGAUUUUUAUAUUUUUUUGAAAAAAUUUUUUUUUUAGAGUAUAUCAGGACUCUUGUAGGUAAGAUGCAAUUAUUUUUCACUGGCCAAACAUAUUUAGUUUUAUAUAAGUGUAUUAAUAUACUCAGAAAAUCGUUAUGUUGUAAUGAAAAUAUUAAAAUCUUCAGAAAGUUUUCAAGGUGUAGUACAAUAUGUCAAAUGAAUACUAUGAUAGACAAUUCAACAGAAUACUAUUUGACUAUCAGUAGUUUUCUGUAGAGGUAUGAUAAAAUACACGCACAUUGUGCAAGAUACUAUGGGUUUCAUUCUGUUUAUGUACUACUUUGAUGAACUGCUUUUUUUUUUUUUACUUUUCCUCCUACACAUGAGGAAGCUAGGUAAAAAUGUAUGAUACUAUCCUUUUUGUAUUUUAUCUUACUCAGUGUUUCUGAAUGACUCAUCUGAACCUAAACUACUUUGAAUGUCUAAUCAUUAUUUUCUUUAUAAUUUGUAGUUUCAUUUUAUAUAUAGAGCUUUAAUUUUGCCUUUGUAUAUCUGUACAUUAAUUUGAAAAACAGUCUGAAUACAUUCCAUUUCUUUACUUUAAUCUUAAAAUUGGAAAAAGAGAAAUAUAUGACCUGCUUUUUGACAUACCUGCUUUGUGCGUUGGAUUAAUUAUUCAUUGUGAAUAGUAUACUAUUACUUUUAAUAUAUCUUUUGUUAAGAGAAACUGCCCUUUCCAUCUUUCUCUUACCUUGAUGACAGAGGCUAAAAUUGUAGCUUGAUUCAUUCAUAAUUAGAUUUACAGAAGUUUUCAAGUAAUUUAAAUCAUUCCAAAAUCUUAAAACUGAAGCUUUAUAAAUUGUGUAGAUUGCAACAUUGCAAUCGGUUGUGAUGGAUAUGAACUUUUGCAAGUUCAUAUUAACUGCAUGACCAACCAUGGCUUUUAGAUUAGGAAAUUUUUAUACUUCAAAAAUUGAGUGUAACAAAGUUAAUAGUAUAUAAAAGUGUGAUACUAUAAAUUGUUUACGUAUUGUUUUGUUUUCAGGUUAGAUGUUUCAGAUCUAUUCUCAGAUGAUCUUUAAUAGGAAAAACUAUCCUGCAUGCUUUUUGACAUAAAAAAAACCUAUAUGAUGUGCACGAUGAAUUUUUAUAUAUUAUUCACAAAAUUACUUUUUUAAAACUUUUAAUAAUUUUAAAUUGAAAUAUACAAAUAUUUUACUUUAAUUUUUUCUUGGUUUUUAGUUUUGUGGGUCUUGUACUUUGUGUAAAUAUUCCAUGUUAAAAAUAUAUUUGUUUGAUUUUAGUUGCAUAUUGUAUUAUAUUUUUAUAGAAAUUUUUUGUACUCAAAACAUAAUUUUUAAUUAAAUGAGUUCUUUUUUCUUUAAAGUUUUUUUUAAC